CAUCCUGGUGCUCCACUUACAGUUAAUCAGCAAGUUGUCUGUGGGGCAGGGGCUGGAGUUGCCGUUUCCAUUUUAGCUUGCCCCACUGAAUUGAUCAAGUGCAGGUUGCAAGCCCAGAGUGCAUUGGCAGAUUCCGGUGCGGCUGGUGUGGCCGUGAAGUAUGGUGGACCAAUGGAUGUAGCCAGGCAUGUUCUCAGAUCAGAAGGGGGUGUAAGGGGUCUCUUCAAGGGAUUGUUUCCCACUAUGGCACGUGAAGUUCCCGGAAAUGCUGCAAUGUUUGGUGUGUAUGAAGCUCUGAAGCAGUACCUAGCAGGUGGCCAAGACACUUCUGGAUUAGGAAGAGGCUCUUUGAUUGUGGCUGGAGGCUUGGCCGGAGGUUCCUUCUGGCUUUCAGUCUAUCCAACUGAUGUUGUCAAAAGUGUAAUUCAGGUAGAUGAUUACAAAAAUCCCAAGUUCUCUGGCUCCAUUGAUGCCUUUAGAAAGAUCCUGGCUUCGGAGGGAGUAAAAGGGCUGUACAGGGGCUUUGGACCUGCCAUGGCCCGAAGUGUUCCUGCAAAUGCUGCAUGCUUCUUGGUAUAUGAGGUGACAAGGUCAAGUCUGGGAUAAUUGCUUCUUUGGGUUUUAGUGGUUUAGGAUUUGGUUGAAUUAAAGCAAAAUGAUUCUGAAUAAACCUGUUUAAUUAAGAGAUUGUUUCGCAAUGCCGGCAAGCUCUUUCUACUCUGUAAUUCACUUGGUUGCUGAGGAAGGAACAUUUUUUCACCGAUUGAUAUAUAAAGGCAUCAGUUGCUCCUCAACUUUGCUUUUUCA